CCAGCCUCUUCUCAACGCCGAAGUUGUUCCUAGUUUUUCUGCAUCGAUUCCAAGGUACAAUUUCGUAUUUGCUUCUACUCUGGUUUUCUCCGCUAUCAAGUUUCGAUCCUCAACUGUUGUUUAAGAGGCUCACGGUUGCCUGUUCCCGGCGCCUGUUGCUUCGCCCUUUGAGGAAAUUAAUGCCACAGCACUUUUCUUUUAUUGCACAAGCCCAUGAAACAAUUGGAGCAGGAAGACAGAACCAGAUGAUUUGUCAGUUCAUGAGCUCUGAAGGAUAUCAAGUGGAACCCUGAAGACGGUGUUAUUACAAAAGGAGCAAUGCUUAAUAAUGGUACAGUGGGGCAGGAAAGAUUCGAGGGAUCAUCUGAACCCAAUUUAUGUACCACCCUAAAUCAUAGUGGAAAUGAAAGAAGAGGAGAGGACGGCAUAGUUUCACUCGAGGUGCCAGCAGAUAGUUCCUUGCCUCCUAUAUCACUAAGCAUCAUAAUAAUUCCGCCAGCAGAUGAAAUCACAAAACCCAACAAGAAUACCUCCAAAUGUACAACUUCUGAUGGUGAUGAGAUGAUUCCUGGGAUGACUUCCUCAAAGAAGGGUUUCUUGUCAAGGAGUGGGAGCUAUCAGGAGCAAUGCAGAGUAUGUCAGCAGCAAGCAGAAGAACCACUGAUUGAUCUUGGGUGCAGAUGCCGAGGCGAGCUUGCCAAAGCUCAUCGUUCUUGCAUUGAUAUUUGGUUUCAUACUAAAGGUUCAAAUAAAUGUGAGAUAUGCCAACAGAUUGCUGCAAAUGUACCAUUUCCAGAGUCACAGCCAAGUUCCAACAGCUGGUUGUGGAGGAUCAACUCAGGCUACCUGAGGGGACAAGAACAUGAAAGGAGAUGCUUUAGUCCACUUUGGGUUGCAUUUGCUAUUUUAAUUGGAGGACUGCUGUUGGAUGUGCUAGUGUCAGUUUCUCUUGGUGUUUCUGCCUUGCCAGUGAACAUCAUUAUAGGUGUUCUCAUUGUGCUUGGAUUAGGCACUUCUUUUCGACUUGCCAUAGAAUGUUGUCAAGAGCAGAGUACAAGGAGAAGUCUUCGGACGACAGACAUGACUUUCAAUAGUCAGUACCAUCCAACCGUAUAGAAGUGGUAUAUUAUGCAAGGUAACAGUGAACUAGUCAUUCCCCUUAAAAUUUACACAAUAUAGGAAAAAUAUUCAUCUUUGCUUAACGAUUGUUUGCAUAUAAACAACAAAAGUGUACCGUUCAACUUUCAGUUUUUUUGUUCUUUCUUUCUGGUCUUAUCUACCUGGUUCAUUGCAUUUCACUCUACAAAAAAUCACCUUGGGAAGUGUCCUGUACAUUGAUCACCAUAGUUUGUGAUGCUUUUGCAUGUAAGUGUAAACAUUCAUAAUUGUCUUUGUCUUCAAUAGGAUAGUUAUUUAUGUGCACGUUUCUAUUUA